AUGAAACACGACUUUGCUUUUGACAACAUGGGCUACGAGGACAGCUUUGAAACCACGCCCCCUCCACCUCCCCAGGAGCACACCCUGGCACUCAGCAUCGUGGGGAUGACCUGCCAGUCGUGUGCACAGGCCAUAGAAGGCCGAGUUUCCAAGGUGAAGGGUGUUGUGAGCAUCAAAGUCUCCCUUGAACAGAACAGCGCUGUGAUUAAGUAUCUGCAGUCGGAGAUAAGCCCUGAACAGAUUCGCCAGGAAAUUCAGGCUAUGGGCUUUGAUGCCAGCGUGGCAGAAGAGAGGCUGAUGACAGCACCCAUCAAUCUGUCAUGCUUGAGAGAAGCAGUGGUUAAGCUCCGUGUGGAAGGCAUGACAUGCCAGUCCUGUGCCACCACCAUCGAAGGGAAGAUGAGGAAACUGCGUGGCGUGGCAAAGAUCAAGGUGUCACUUGCCAACCAGGAAGCAGUUGUUGUUUACCACCCUUACAUCAUCCAGCCUUAUGACCUCAGGAGCCAUAUUGGUAACCUGGGGUACGACUGCUCCAUUAGAACUAAACCUGCCCCUCUGAAGCUGAGCGCCCCGGGUCUCCAGCACCUGCAGAAUGCAGACCCCAAGGAGACACCAGCACGUCUGGGGAGUGAGGGUGUGGGUCCACUGAUGGCUGAGAUGAGCAGCACAGCUACGGUGGCUCUGCAGAUAGAAGGCAUGCACUGCAAGUCCUGUGUCAAAAACAUCGAAGGAAAUAUAUCAGAUCUUCCUGGCAUACAAAGUAUUGAGGUGUCUUUGGAGCAUAAACGUGCUGUGGUGAAGUAUAGUCCAGAUUUAAUUACCUUGCCAGCUUUGCAGCAAGCUAUUGAAUCCCUUCCACCUGGGAACUUUAAAGUAUGCCUCCUUAAUGGUUCAGAAGCAAAUAAAGGAGCAUCUCCUUCACCUGCUUUGCAACAGAGUCUCCUGAGAGAGCCACUGCCAGACAUGGUUUGUACAGCUGUUAUUCAGAUUGAUGGCAUGACCUGCAAUUCUUGUGUACAGUCCAUAGAAGGGAGCAUAUCACAGAGACAAGGAGUGCAACAGGUAUCAGUUUCUCUGGCUGGCAGGACUGGGACCAUACAUUAUGAUCCUGCUGUUACCAAUGGAGAAGAGUUAAGAGCUGCCAUAGAAGACAUGGGGUUUGAUGCUUCUCUGCUGACAGAAGUUCCCGUGGUGCACAAUCUCCUCUCUAGCAAAUUUCAAAUGUCAUCAAUGCUGCCCAGCAGUCUCCAGCUCCAGAGCCUCCUCGCCAAGCCCAGCGAGGCGACAGUUGGAAAGUGUUUUUUACAAAUCACAGGCAUGACCUGUGCGUCGUGUGUGUCUACCAUCGAAAGGAAUUUGCAGAAAGAAGAGGGAAUUGUUUCAGUGUUGGUAGCACUGAUGGCAGGUAAAGCAGAGAUAAAAUACAAGCCUGAAAUCAUACAGCCUCUUGAAAUAGCACAGCUGAUCCAGAAUUUGGGGUUUGAAGCUACCGUCUUGGAAGAUCAUGCAGAAACAGAAGGAAGCGUGGAGCUUCUUAUUACAGGGAUGACCUGUGCUUCUUGUGUUCACAAUAUUGAAUCCAAACUCAUGAGGACAAAUGGCAUAUUCUACGCUUCAGUGGCACUUGCUACUUGCAAAGCCCACGUCCAAUUUGAUCCUGAAAUUACCGGACCGCGAGAUAUUAUAAAAAUAAUUGAGGAAAUUGGCUUUCAUGCUUCUGUGGCUAGAAGAGCUCCAAAUGCACAUAACCUGGAUCACAAAAAGGAAAUCCAGCAGUGGAGGAAAUCUUUCUUGUGCAGCCUGCUGUUUGGUAUCCCCGUGUUAAUCCUGAUGAUCUAUAUGCUGAUACCCGAUGGUGGGCACCAUGGCUCUAUGGUGCUGGAACAAAACCUCAUUCCUGGGUUAUCUAUUUUAAAUCUUCUCUUCUUCAUCCUGUGCACUUUUGUUCAGUUUCUUGGAGGAUGGUAUUUUUACGUCCAAGCUUACAAAUCCCUGAAGCACAAGACGGCCAACAUGGACGUGCUCAUCGUCCUGGCCACGACGAUCGCCUACGUGUAUUCCUGUGUCAUCCUGCUGGUGGCCGUCAUCGAGAGGGCUGAGAAAAGCCCUGUCACCUUCUUUGACACUCCACCCAUGCUGUUUGUGUUCAUUGCCCUUGGGAGAUGGCUAGAACACAUAGCAAAGAGUAAGACCUCAGAAGCUCUUGCUAAACUUAUUUCUCUUCAAGCCACAGAAGCCACUGUGGUGACUCUUGGACCUGACCACUCCAUCAUCAGGGAGGAGCAGGUAGCUGUUGAACUGGUUCAAAGGGGUGAUAUCGUGAAGGUUGUUCCUGGUGGAAAGUUCCCAGUGGAUGGAAAGGUCAUUGAAGGCAGUUCUAUGGCAGAUGAGUCUCUCAUUACUGGAGAAGCUAUGCCAGUCACUAAAAAGCCUGGGAGCACAGUGAUUGCUGGUUCUAUAAAUGCACAUGGCUCAGUUCUUGUUAAUGCAACUCAUGUUGGUAACGACACCACUCUGGCACAAAUUGUGAAACUGGUGGAAGAAGCUCAAAUGUCAAAGGCACCCAUCCAGCAACUGGCAGAUAGGUUUAGUGGAUAUUUUGUUCCAUUUAUCAUCAUCAUUUCAACAGUGACAUUGAUAGUAUGGAUCACAAUUGGUUUUAUAAAUUUUGAUGUUAUUCAAAAAUAUUUUCCUAGUCAGAACAAACACGUUUCAAAAGCUGAGCUAGUCCUGAGGUUUGCAUUUCAGACCUCAAUCACUGUGCUGAGCAUUGCCUGCCCCUGUUCUUUAGGCUUGGCUACCCCCACAGCAGUGAUGGUGGGCACGGGAGUCGCUGCCCAAAACGGCAUCCUCAUCAAAGGUGGAAAACCCCUGGAAAUGGCACACAAGAUCAAGACUAUCAUGUUUGAUAAAACUGGGACCAUCACCUGUGGAGUUCCUAAAGUCAUGAGGGUGCUUUUGCUGGGGGACACGGCUGUGCUCUCUCUGAAGAAGGUGCUGGCAGUGGUUGGCACUGCAGAAGCCAGCAGUGAGCAUCCUUUAGGAGUGGCAGUCACUAAAUAUUGCAAAGAGGAGCUUGGCACUCAGAGCCUGGGAUACUGCACUGACUUCCAGGCAGUGCCAGGCUGUGGCAUCAGCUGCAAAGUUGGAGGUGUUGAGGCUGUCCUGGGCACAGCUGAGGAGGGUCUCAGCAAGCUGGACAUGAACAGAAGCAGGGACAGCAGUGCUCCCCUGGGAGAUAACGCGCCGACCACGUACUCGGUGCUGAUUGGGAAUCGGGAGUGGAUGCGACGCAACGGGCUGCACAUUGCAAAUGAUGUCAAUGAUGCAAUGACAGACCACGAGAUGAAAGGGCAGACUGCCAUACUAGUGGCUAUAGAUGGUGUGCUGUGUGGAAUGAUCGCCAUCGCAGACACUGUCAAGCAGGAGGCAGCCCUGGCUGUGCACACGCUGCAAAACAUGGGAAUAGAUGUCGUGCUGAUAACAGGGGACAACAGGAAAACUGCAAAAGCCAUUGCUACACAGGUUGGCAUCAAAAAAGUCUUUGCUGAGGUUCUUCCUUCUCACAAGGUUGCAAAGGUUAAGGAGCUCCAGAGUGCAAGGAGGAAGGUUGCAAUGGUUGGUGAUGGAGUCAAUGAUUCCCCUGCACUAGCCAGGGCCGACGUUGGAAUUGCCAUUGGCACGGGCACAGAUGUUGCCAUUGAAGCAGCAGAUGUCGUUCUCAUCCGAAACGACUUGCUGGAUGUAGUUGCCAGUAUUCAUUUAUCAAAGAGGACAGUUCGAAGAAUACGAAUAAAUCUGAUUCUUGCCUUGAUUUAUAAUCUGCUUGGAAUACCCAUAGCAGCAGGUGUGUUCAUGCCUGUUGGCCUCGUGCUCCAGCCUUGGAUGGGAUCAGCUGCAAUGGCAGCUUCUUCUGUGUCUGUCGUGCUGUCUUCCCUGCAGCUGAAAUGUUAUAAGAAACCAGAGGCAGAAAGUUAUGAAGCACAAGCUCAAGGCCGCAUGAAGCCACUUACUCCUUCCCAAAUCAGUGUUCAUAUUGGAAUGGAUGACAGGAGGAGGGAUUCAUCCAGACUGGCUCCUUGGGAUCAGAUUAGCCAAGUGUCUCUCUCUUCCUUGACUUCAGACAAGCUGCCAAGACAUAAUGGUUUUGUUGAGGAGGAAGGGGACAAGUGGUCAUUGCUCAUGAAUGGAGGAGAUGAAGAACAGUACAUCUGA